GCUCCUGCAUCUCACUUCUGUCAUCUUCAGAAACACAGACAGCCUUCGGGGUAGCGCAGUGCUUACACAGGGAUGAAAGUAUUUAAGAAUCAUCAUAAUAACUGGAAUUAAGAUAAGCAACUCUCUAAAUGGACUUCACAGAAUCAGUGGUCGUAAUUUAGCCCCCUCUCACCAAAGAAGAUUUUUGAAAAUGCAAACCUCCCCGAAUGGCUUUGUUCACUCAUGUGGAUUUAUGCCCUUCUGUCAGUGGUAGAACCAACUCGUUUCACUGUUUCUCUUUGUCCUCUAAAGGAAGACUUCAGGAUGAAACGGACAGUCUUGCUCUUAAAAUACUUCUUGGUGAAAGUUCUGGUGCUGCUGUGCUGCGCGGACGGAGAAGCGCAGCAGCAACUCGAGGGCUUUAUAAUGCUCUCAGGAUCCAAUGGGUCCCGGGAUGAGGAGAGUGGCGUUUCCGAACCUCCACACACAGAGGACAAAUGUCGGGGUUACUACGAUGUCAUGGGACAGUGGGACCCGCCGUUCAUUUGCCAAACUGGCAAUUAUUUGUAUUGUUGCGGCACUUGUGGCUUCCGAUUUUGCUGCGCUUAUAAAAACUCUCGUUUGGAUCAGAGCACUUGUAAAAAUUACGAUACGCCAAUAUGGUUAACGGGACAGACACCAUAUAAGAAAAAUGACCCAAGACAUGAUCCAACCAAGGAUAAAACAAACAUGAUUGUUUAUGUAAUAUGUGGAGUAGUGGCGAUCAUGGCACUAGUCGGGAUAUUUACGAAACUUGGACUAGAAAAGGCGCACAGACCUCACAGAGAAAGUAUGUCUCGAGCGGUGGCAAGUGUGAUGCAAGGUGCUCGUCAGGCUCAGCACGAGGAGGCCAUCGGAAUGCACACACAGCAUUAUGACACCGUGCAGGCGAGAGCAACCAACAUGCAAGGCGGCCAAAUAAACAACAUGAUGCAAACCCACCCGUAUCCAGCUCUCAGCCAGCUGUCCCAUGUCUAUGAACAACAGCAACCAGGAAAAGAUUUCAACAAAUAUGCGUCGCUGAAGGCUGUGGCGGCCAAAGCAAACGGAGACUUUCUCAACAAGCAACACCGUCACCUGGUCGAGAUGGCGGCUAAGGGAACUCUGCCCCUCCAUCCAGUGAGAAUGGAGCAUGUGGAGCCCACAGCCUCUUACGUCACCGAGGUCCCAUGCCUGAAACAAAACGGACAGAAGCCCAAAAGCAGUAAACCCAGUGUGCCCCAUCCUGCAAUGGCCUACAGCUCCAAUACCAUUGCCAACCCCGGUAUGCUGAGGAACUGGGAGGCCACAGAGACAAUGGGUAGGCGCAAAACCUAUGGAACUAGGAAGCUGUGCACGGUACAGCAGGUUCACGAGCUACACACUGCCCGCAGUCAUCAUUACCUACCCACGCAACCCUACUUUGUAACCAACAGUAAGACAGAAGUCACUGUGUGAAAAGCAGAGAGCCGAACACGAUUAUCAUCAUGACUCUCUGCACUGCCCCCUAGUGGACCGGAGGCCCCACGGGGUGAAUAUGUCAUGCUACGACUGGCACCAGAGACAACAUCAGCUGACUGAGGCCAGGAACAUUUGGAAAUGUUCACUAUUUAUUUACACUGUAACGAUGUUUGUGUUCCGUCGACGACAAGGUAAAGAGCAAAACAGAAUCAAAUUGGCACAAGAAAAUAUAAAACAAGCAAUAAGAUCUAAUAAAGUUACUGUAUGGGCAGAGAAUGGCUAUGACGAGAUAAGACAACAGAAAUAAAACAUUCCACAUUAUUGAUUUCAGAUAUUAAAGGGCUGGAGUGGAGUAUGAAAUACAAGGUGACGAUCUUAUCCAAAAUAAUAAAGAGUGAACGGAUCAGGUGCAGAUAUUGAUUUGAUGACAGGAACCUUGUUUUUAAAGGGGAUAUAACAGACACUGGAGUGAAACACAAUGAAGUGGGCUGUGCCUUUAACAGUAUAAAGCAACUAACAACUAAAGGCUUGAAAGAUAUUUGAGUCUUGAGACAGAAGAGUGUGCCACGAGGUAGCAUUGUCAUGACACAAGCAACACUGUUAAAAGGACACAGAAGCUUGGUCUUUGAAAAUGAUCUUUGAAAUACAGUAUGUUUUUGGUCUUUUUUCGCAUAAAUUUGACAUUGAUUUCAUACUUGUACUCUCAAACACAUAAGAGCAUGUUGAAAUAUUUGUCAAAAACGUUUCUUAACAUCAGUGUAUCUGCAACUUAGUUGCUGCCACAUUUGUUUUGCUAGGUUUUUGCACUUGUGUGGUACGGAAGCUACUUUUUUAUUUAUCUAUUAUUUAUUUACCAGACAGAUGAGACUUAUGGCGAGAAACUAUAUGUUUAUAUAUAUUUAUACCUUUGCCAGUAUAUGUAUGCACACUAUACAGUACAUUGUGCCAAGAAGUAGCUGGUUGAAGUCGUUGUGUUCCGUUAUGAUUUAGCUUAUUUUCUGUUUUAUUAACUAGUGUGUGAGAGAAAAUGUUUCUGUUGCUUCAUCAUGAUAUAAUGGAGUUUAGCUCUGGUAAUGAAUAUGUACUUUAAAGAACUGGAAUAAAAUGAGCUUUUUUUUCCAUAUUCUCUUCAUGUUUUUUCCUUCCAUCGCCGUCUUUGAUGUUAACAAAACGUUUCAUUGUGAGAGUUUCGUAAACAGGUCGAUGAAGUUUGUUGUAUCCAAUUGAGUUAAUUCAGCAAUGCGUAAACCUGGAAAUAUCAGCCCAAAGAACUCGAACCCCGUGUUCAGUGUGCAGGGGAGCCAAAUCAUGUGGAAUAACCGAAGUCUAGGAUAAAUCCUGGCAAUGUCACCGUCUGGUGAAAUGUCUGGCUCGUGAUCUGCUGUGUGUUGUGUGCAUGUCAUGGUGAAACAGUAUGCGAGGGCUUGCUUGGUUUUGCAUCAUGGGAUAUGAAAUUUGAAUUGUUCAUCUUUGUUUUUAUUUUAUCACAUCAUUCACUAUACCACAGAGAAGCAUGAAAAAGUCUAGAUUAUGAAACUAAAAGUCUAACUAAAAUUUUUUAAAGGUCCCAUAACUCUAAAUCUCCUGAAGUUGUAGUCCAUCAAAGGCUGUUGUUGUGUUUUUUGUUCUCCUGCAAUUCAGAGAAAGUCCCAUAUGAGGGUCUUUGAUUGAUUUGAUUCAGGCACUUUGCGCAAGAAAAUCCAAUCCUCAGUUGCACGCAUUCACCUCUGAACAGGUGCCUGGAAACAGGGAUUGAAUGAGCUUGAUUCUGUGGGGGCCUUGUUGAGAUGCCAGAAAUCAAAGUUCUGCUCGGCAAUAUAAGCAAGUGACCUAGUUAACAGAAUCAGCACUGGUCUGUUCAGCAUACAAGCAAAAUGGUUUAAGAGACUGGGUGUCAAUUGGAGCUGAGGUUUCAGACCUUUUAGAACCUGGUAUUAACAGCAAAAGUCCAUAACUUUAACCCUGGCUUCAUUUUCAAAUGACUUUUUAAGUUAUUAAAGACAAAUGUCUAACCUUAUUUGAGUAAAUGCAAUAAUGGCAAUCAUUGCAACAUAAUGGUUUUAGAGUCCGUUUUUUUAAUCAGGUCCAGUUAUUCGGAGUAUCUUAAAAUAGUAUGUAUUAUAAUGUUUGCUGGGUUAAAUUGUUUAUUAUUAAACCGUUUUUCUCAUUUUAGUCACCCUGGUGUCAUUUUAAACGUGUAUGUGAUUCUUUCUUCUGUGGAACACAAAAGAAGAUAUUUUGAGAAAUGGUUUUCAGUGGUUUUGUGUCUAUUCAAUGGAAGUCAAUGCAUGUCAAUGUUGUUAAUAUCUUCUUUUGUGUUCUGCAAAAGAAAGUCAUAGAGGUUUGGCGUGAGGGUGGGUAAAUGAUGAAUUUUCAUUUUUAGGUCAUUUUAAAACAUCGAAUGAUCACAUUUAAUUCAAAAACAUAACAGAGGAUUUACACUUAUUUGUUUAGCAGAUGCUGUUAUCCAAUUGUGGAAUACAUAACAACAUAGUACUGUCUCUAAAAAAAGUCAACAUGUUCUCACAGAUGAGAUGUAUCUUCAGAUUCUUUGCCGAUCAAACAAUCAAAUGCAUGCAUAUUAUUCCAAAUUCAGUCAUUUGAGAUACGAUUAUUUCUUAUAUUCAUAGGUAUUAUGCCAUGGCUAUAUAGUCAGAAAUCUCAAAUUAUGUGCACAAGCUAAUUUUAAUUCAAAUUAGAAAUGAGGUUGAGAAAUGCUAUUGACUGUGAUUAAUGGAUUGUGACAGAUAUACAUCUGAUUGUUAGAAGGUUAUGAUUCAUUUGAAGUUAGAAAAUGAUCAUUUGGACCUCUUCUGAAUAAACUAAUCAGAUCAAGGGCUUAUCUUUUCUUUUCAUACUCCAGUAUUGCCGCUUGUUCUUAUCUAGGGUAACUGCAAUUAAAUUUCUUUACAGUUUAUUGGGAUUAUUAGGUUAAUUUAUGACAAUGUGGCAGAUAAGAUAACUUUACAACAGUUGUGUAUAUACAAUUUGUGUGCAAUGUGUUUGUUUACAUGCAUGUAUUAAAAAUACACAAAACCAACCCCCAAAUCUCAAGGAAUAUGUUUAUUUUAUUGUUCUAUGAUUUUUCGACCAUUUACAUUAGAUUGGGGUGUUUUCAUGACAAAUGCUGUGAUUAUGUUUUCAUGACAAAUGCUGUGAUUAUUGCUAAAAGCAAAUUUAUUUUUAUUUCAAAAUUAUAUGUUAAAUGUUAUGUUCUCCAAAGAGAUUUAUUUAUUAACAAAAAUUAUGUCAAAUUGAGGAAUUUUAGGAAAAAUGUUAAAUGUUUAUCAAACAUAUUCUAUACAGUAUACCGUAUGAGUUGACAUUGCAUUUGAGUGACCAACAUUGAUCUUAAUCUUAUCAUAGGUUUACACAUGAAUUAAA